CGCGUUCUCAUGCCAGUUUGCGAAUCACGUUCCUCUCCCCAUCCUUCUCCUCCUCGUCGUCGUCGUCGUCGUCGUCGUCGUCGUCGUCGUCGUCCUCGUUAA